AUGGCGCAAAUAUCCUUCAAGCCUCUAAGCAUCCUCUUGGCGUGUCUAGCCUUGGUCACGUUCUUUAUCCAAUCUGCAACAUGUCUUGCUGUCAACAACCGAGCAGGAGACACCCUCAAUGACUUCACCAAGCGAGCUGAGGGAAUAUACUCCCUCGGUGUCGGCAAGGCUGACAUAACCGGCCCUGUCGUCGAGCUCAACCUCAUGGGAUAUGCCGAAUUAUCCCAGAAAGGAACUGGCUUGCGCCAACGUCUGUACUCACGAGCCUUCAUUGUCGGAAACCCAGAUAAGCCCAAAGAGCGAUUCGUGUAUCUCGUCUUGGACACUCAAUCUGGCGACACUGCUAUUCGCAGAGGUAUUCUUGAGGGGAUCGCAGCUCUUGGAUCAGAGUAUGACGUUUAUACUUCUGAUAACGUCGCUGUUACUGGUACCCAUUCCCACGCUGGACCAGCUGGUUGGAACAACUAUCUCAUGCCUCAGAUCUCUGCCCUGGGUUUGAACCAACAAUCUUAUCAAGCCGUCGUUGAUGGUGCUGUUCUAUCAGUCAGACGCGCUCAUGAGAAGAUUUCCAAAGGUCGUCUUAGUGUUGGAAAGAUACGCAUUGACGAUGUGACUAUCAACAGAAGUCUCUUCGCUUACCAACGGAAUCCAGCGUCGGAGAGAGCAAAGUAUGAAGAUGAGGUUGACAAAGAACUGACUAUGCUCACCUUCACUCGCGAAAGCGACAAAAAGGUGACCGGAGUUUUAACUUGGCAUUCAAUUCACGGAACAAGUCUUCAUAUGAACAAUACUCUCGUCUCAGGCGACAACAAAGGUGUCAGUGCAUAUCUUCUUGAACAAGCCAUCCAAGGCACAGAAGGAGCUGCCGAGGAGUUUGUGGCCGGCUUCUCCCAAGCUGCAGUGGCAGACACGACACCCAACGUCGAAGGCGCCUGGUGUGAAGACGGCUCUGGAAAACAAUGCGACUUCAAGGACUCCACGUGUGGCGGUAAGACAGAAACUUGCCAUGGUCGAGGUCCGUUCUGGGGCUUGAACGAUGGUGGCACCAAGUCAUGCUGGGAGAUCGGUCGUCGAGUCUUUAAGCAAGCUGCCAAAUUGUAUGAUCAGAUGAAAGACGGAGGUGGUACAGCAGUCACUGGGAACAGUGUUCUCGGCUACCAUUCAUUCCACGACAUGUCCAACUUCACAUUUGAGUUACCUAGCGGGAAAACCGUGAAGACAUGUUCUGCAGCCUUUGGAUAUGCCUUUGCGGCUGGAACAACAGAUGGUCCUGGCUACUUCGACUUCAAGCAAGGAGACGCAGGCGAUCCAGAUGCGAGUCCGCUUUGGGGUAUUGUAUCGAAAUUCCUCCGUAACCCUACCAAAGAACAGGUUGCUUGUCAAGAACCCAAGACUAUCCUCAUCGAUGCAGGUGAAAUCCCACUGCCUUACGCUUGGGCUCCCAACAUCGUCGACGUUCAAAUGCUUCGCGUUGGUAAUUUUUUCAUUAUUGUUUCCGCGCCUGAACUCACGACCAUGUCUUCGAGACGCUGGCGUAAGAGCAUCAGUGAUGAGAUCGAGGGUAGAGGUGUAGACAAGCCCAUCGUCGUCGCUGGUGGACCGGGAAACACCUAUGCGCACUAUGUUACUACACCUGAGGAGUAUGAUGCGCAGAGGUAUGAAGGUGGAUCGACUGUCCAUGGAAGAAACAGUCUUGAUGCUUACAUCAAUUUGACAUCAACUUAUGUCGGAUAUCUUCUGGGUGAGAAGGAUGCUAAGAAACCUCCAUCCGGUCCCGAAGCUCCUGAUAACCGCAAGAACUCCCUCUCCCUCGUCACAGGCGUCGUCUACGACAAUCCCAAGUCCGGCAGCAAAUUCGGUAACGUCAUAAAGGACGUUCCAAAGUCAGAGUUCAAGAUCGGAGAUACCAUCAACGCUACAUUCGUAGGUGCCAACCCACGCAACAAUCUCCGCCUCGAAUCUACCUUUGCAGCAGUUGAGAAGAAAGAUGGAUCUAAGUGGACUCAAGUCCGGUCUGACGAUGACUGGGAUUUAGUCUUUGAGUGGAAGAGGGUCGAUGGCCUGCUUGGAACUAGUGAGGUUACGAUCUCUUGGGAGACGGGUUGGCAGGAUGCGAAGAAGGUUGCGGCUGGGACGUAUCGGUUGAGUUAUUUCGGGGACAGCAAAGCGCCUAUUACGGGCAGGAUCAGUGCGUUUACUGGACGGAGCAAGGAGUUUGAUGUUGUUUAG